UUACGUCGUAAUAGAACAACGUUUUGUCAGUCGCAGCUGGAAGUACUGGAGCAGGAGUUCCUCAAGACGCAUUAUCCUGGUGUUGCAACUCGAGAAGACCUUGCCGUAAAGACUGGUCUUUCUGAGGCUCGUGUUCAGGUUUGGUUCUCCAACAGACGAGCGAAAUGGCGAAGAAACGAA